CCUGUUGUGGUUGGGCUUGAGCCCGGGCCCCUUGCCUUGAGAAGCAGGCCUCAGCCCCUGAGCACCCAGCAGAGCAGUGCGGCCAGCCCUCCAGCUCCCUGGGGCCUGGCCGCAGCGCAGCUUCCGGCGACGGUGGACCUCGGGUCCAGCAGCCCGGGAGCCGGGGGUGGGGUGGUGACCUCGUCCAGCACCCCCCAAUGGCAGAGACCAGCGCCCCUCCCGUGGCCAGCCCUGGGAAGCCUGGGGCUGGGGAGGUCCAGGAGGAGGAAGAGGAAAAAGAGGGGGGCUCUGAAGGGCAGCAAGCGGCGAUGCUGGAGCAGGCCCAGGAGCUGUUCCUGCUGUGCGACAAACAGGCCAAGGGCUUCAUCACCCGGCAUGACCUGCAGGGCCUGCAGAACGACCUGCCCCUCACGCCUGAGCAGCUGGAGGCGGUGUUUGAAAGCCUCGAUCAGGCCCACACUGGUUUCCUCACCGCUAGAGAGUUCUGCCUGGGCCUAGGGAAGUUUGUGGGGGUGGAGUCGGCCCAGGGCACGCCCCCCUCCCGGACUCUGGAGGAAACCUUUGAGUCGGGCUGGUCCGAUGCGCUGGGCACCGCCGGCUCUCUGGAGGAGGAGGAGGAGGAGGAGCGGUUCUGCGCUAUGCUGGAGCAGCUGGGGGUGGCCCGGGUCCUGGGCGAGCAGCGAGCCGUGAGGGCGCUCUGGGCCCGGCUGCAGCACGAGCGACCGGAGCUGCUGGGCUCUUUUGAGGAUGUUCUGAUGUGCGCGUCCGCCUGCUUGGAGGAGGCGGCCCGGGAGCGGGAUGGCCUGGAGCAGGCGCUGCGGCGGCGGGAGAGCGAGCACGAGAGGGAGGUGCGCUGUCUGUACGAGGAGAUGGAGCAGCAGCUCCGCGAGCAGCGGCAGCGACUGCACAGUCAGAACCUACCCCGGGAGGAACGGAGAUGCCACCUGGAGCUGGAGCUACAGAGCCGCGAGCAGGAGCUGGAACGCGCCGGCCUGAGGCAGCAGGAGUUGGAACAGCAGCUGCAGGCCCGGGCUGCGGAGCAGCUGGAGACGCAGACUCAGAACGCACGGCUGUGGCGGGCCCACGAGGCGCUGAGGACGCAGCUGGAAGGGGCACAAGAGCAGCUCCGGAGACUGGAGGGCUACGCGCGGGGCCGCGAGGAGCAAACCCAAAGAGACGUGGCCGCGGUCUCCAAGAACAUGCAGAAGGAGAAACUCAGCCUCCUAAGGCAACUGGGGCUGCUCAGGGAGCUGAACACCCGGCUACGAGAUGAGAGGGACGUCUGUGAGGCCAGGCGGCUGGGCAGUAGCCGUAGGAAGGCUCUGGCCACAGCCCGACUGCCUGGGCCCCCCUGCUGCUGCUGCUGCUGCUGCAGCUGGACUCGGCCCCCCAGACGUGGCUCCGGCCACCUUCCCAAUGCCUGAUGACAAGCCCCAAGUGACUUGGAGAAAUCUCUCCUUGAAGGCAACUUGCUGUGGGUUGAGAGUUGCCUUAUUCACAAGUAGGCUCUGCUUGGCCUGCUUGACCAAGGACCCUGGGUGGCCAGGUCUCAUGCCCCUGCCAGUCUCGACCUGGCCCCGCCCAUAACCCAUCUGUGUCCAGCAGAAAACCCCUUUUGCCAGGAAGCCCUGACUGUACUGUGUCCUCCUUGGCCCGGGUCUGUGGGUGGGGCGUGGGAGUGCGUUAUACAUGGCACAUGACCUUGCAGGACUGGGGCUGUGGGUGCUUGUGCGUGUCCUCUGGGUCCCGGGUCAUGCCCAAGCCCUCACUAUCUAUCACAAAUGGAACACCGCGGGGCCCUCUGUAUGGCUGGGCAAGGGGACCGAGGCUCAGCAGUGGCUGCCUACUAUCUCACUGGGACACUGGGUAGGUCUCCUGCUAAGUCCCAGCCUCCUGCCACCGCCUCCCUUUGCCAGUCCUCAUGCAGUCCUGAGCGGAGUGUUCCAGGACAGCCCCGGAGCCGCCACGCCAGGCCCCACUGGGCUGGGAAUGAAUGAGCCUGGUGGGUGGAGAGCCCCCUCCACCGUGUCUUUUCUUCCUCAACCCUCUCCCCUGUACCACUCCUAAGCCCAGGUCACCCUGGGGCUUCAGUGCAGGGACACCAGGCCUCCCUGGUGGUCCUCCACACUGCACCCGGAGUAACCCCUCUCCUCCAGUCCUCUGUUCCUUGUACCCUCAGAGUGGUUCUUAGGGUAGGGGGCGAGAAAUGGAGAAAGGCCUAGUCUUGGCGGGUUC